CAGACUGAUAUAAAAGGGGAGAGCAAAAUACAGUAACUGCAAAAGAAGUUCAGUCUGACAGUGAGAGAAAAUCCGACAACAGGCUUAUCCCUGCCUCAGAGGAUACAGGAACACUAUGGAUAGUUAUGGAAAGUACAUAGCAGUUGCUCUGGUGUUUUUCUCAGUCUGUAUGCAUGUCAUUCAUUCCUUCCCUGAAGAUAAUUUUCUGGCCCCAGCUUGCUCAGAAUGCAGACUGAAGCAAAAUGCAUAUUUUUCAAAUAUUGGGAAAGGACCAAUAUUUCAGUGCAGUGGAUGCUGCUUCUCCAGGGCUUACCCUACCCCAAUGAGAUCAAAGAAGACAAUGCUGGUGCCAAAGAACAUCACUUCUGAGGCUAAGUGCUGUGUGGCAAAAACACAAUCCAGGGUGACAAUAAAUGGUAUGAAGAUUGAGAAUCACACUGCUUGUCACUGCAGUACAUGCCUCUACCAUAAAUUUUAAAUGUUACAUCUUAUGU